AUGUCCGCCCUCGUCGAAGUCGCCUCGGAGGCUGAAUUUCCCAACAUUAUCUCCUCCCUUCCCCCGUCAUGUCUGCAGGUUCUCUACUUCCAUGCUCCCUGGGCCGCUCCUUGCGCCCAAAUGCGCGCCGUCCUUUCCGCCCUCGCCUCGCAGUACCCCGCGACCACCCCCCCCUCGAUCGCCUUCCUUAGCGUUAACGCUGAGGAGCUUCCUGACAUUUCAGAAGAAUAUAACGUCACCGCGGUUCCCUUCGUGGUCCUCGUUCGUGACAACCAAAUCCUCGAGACCAUCAGCGGCAGUGAGGCAAUUCAAGUGCGCGAUGCCGUUGAACGCCACGCCGGUGCCGCCGCCGCAGACGGCCUCCCUAAGACCACCACCAUCCCGCCCCCAUUGACCGCCGUCCCUCGAGAGAACAUCCCCACCACUGCUACGCAGGCGCCUGCGAACGGAACCACCGCCGCUCCGGCAUUGACCCCCGAGCAGUCGAAGGAGGCGUUGUUUGCCCGCCUUGCAGAGCUGGUGAAGGCUGCGCCGGUGAUGCUGUUCAUGAAGGGAACCCCGAGCUCGCCGCAGUGUGGGUUCAGUCGCCAGAUCGUGGGCAUUCUGCGUGAGCGAAGCGUCAAGUACGGCUUCUUUAACAUUCUGGCCGACGAGGAUGUUAGACAGGGGUUGAAGGAGUUUGCCGAUUGGCCUACUUUCCCUCAGUUGUGGGUGGAAGGUGAGCUGGUUGGUGGAUUGGAUAUUGUCAAGGAGGAACUCGAAAAUGAUCCAGAGUUCUUGGGUCGGUUCUCCGUUAACAAGGCUCCUGCU